GUUUUCUUUUUUGUUUGCUUUUGAGCUUUUUGUUGGGUUGUCUUUGUUUUUUUUUUCAAGUCUUGGAACUGGAAAAGGGGAAAAGGGUAUACGGGGUUGCUGCCAAUGUAAAUUACAAGUGAUCUUUUCUUUAUUUCUUUCUUUUUCUUUUCUUUUUUUCUUUUAAAUUUUCGUAUGUUGAUUUGUUGGAGGGUGAGAAACUUUGGGGUUUGAAUUUGGACACGCACGCUGUCAUUUUGAUUCUGGUUUUAUUUUAUUUUUUAAUUCGAUUAAUUCUUAAAAUUGUUCCCUUUUUUUUUUUCUUAUAUUUUAUGCCGAUUCACCUAAUGAGAUCUGGUUUUUGGAUAUGUUGUUUGAUUUUCUUUUGAGGUCUGGUGAUCGUGUGUGGUUGGAUGUUGUCAACGCUUUCUUGUUCAUAAUCUUGUUUCUGAUCUGUGUGCAUGCUCUAAAUUUUUGAGCCAAAUCAUGAUUGACCAAGAGGGUGUUUGUGAUUCAGUUUGCGCUUUCAAUUAAUGGGUGGAGAUUGUUAAUAUCUCUUAUUUGUUUGAUUAUUUGAUUGUUGUGAGAUGUGCAUGUCUUGUUUAUGGGUAUUGUUCUUUGCGGCACAUGGAAAAUUGAUGCUUGUGGCUUCAUGAUUUUAGCUUAAAAUUGACCUAUGUUUUUUGUAAAUUGAUUCUUUUCGUCGACAUGUUGGAGGGUCCAACCUUUCUUGUUUCGAGGGACAUACUGAGCUCUUGUGAGCAAGAGACCAGGUGGAUCUACAAUUCCUUCUGUGUGAUGGAGCUCGCGAGCAAUAAGCGUCGACUGGAACUAGAGGAAGAAGCCGUGUUGACAAAGUCAUGCAAGCUUUCAGAUGCUCCAGAGAAAGGGGAAACAAAGAAGAGCAUCCAAGAUCUUUCCCUAUCAGUCAACCAAGCAAAUGCUCAAAACCAUUCAAGUGAUCAGUCUGACUCAAGUUCACUUAUCUUCCAACUUGGUCGGGACAUCUCAAUUAAUUGUCUCCUACGAUGCUCAAGGUCUGACUAUGGUUCGGUUGCCUCAUUGAACCAAAGUUUUCGAUCUCUCAUCCGAACUGGAGAGCUUUAUAGGCUGAGGCGACAGAUGAGUAUCAUAGAGCAUUGGGUUUACUUCUCUUGUAAUCUCCCUGAAUGGGAGGCAUUUGAUCCAAACACCCGUCGAUGGAUGCGCUUGCCUAGAAUGCCCUCUAAUGAAUGCUUUAUAUGUUCAGAUAAGGAGUCCUUGGCUGUUGGUACGGAGCUUCUUGUCUUUGGAAAGGAAAUAAUGUCUCCUGUCAUAUACAGAUAUAGCAUUUUAAUGAAUGCAUGGUCAUCUGGUAUGGAAAUGAACAUUCCUAGAUGCUUGUUCGGUUCUGCCAGCCUUGGAGAAAUUGCCAUAUUAGCUGGUGGUUGUGAUCCUCGUGGAAACAUCUUGAGCUCAGCUGAGCUUUAUAACUCAGAAACUGGAACGUGGGAGCUUCUCCCAAACAUGAAUAAAGCAAGGAAAAUGUGUUCUGGUGUAUUUAUAGAUGGGAAAUUUUAUGUCAUUGGCGGGAUUGGAGUAGGUAAUUCAAAGCAGCUAACAUGUGGUGAGGAGUUUGAUCUGCAGACAAGAAAAUGGCAAAAAAUACCUAACAUGUUCCCUGGGCGAAAUGGAGGAACUGAGGCGACUGAGGUAUCGUCUGCUGCUGAGGCACCUCCUUUGGUUGCAGUUGUAAAUAAUGUAUUGUAUUCUGCAGAUUAUGCCCAACAAGAGGUAAGGAGAUAUGAUAAAGACAAUAAUUUGUGGGUCACUAUUGGAAGAUUACCUGACCGAAUAGUCUCAAUGAAUGGCUGGGGGUUAGCCUUUCGUGCAUGUGGAAAUCGCCUAAUUGUUAUUGGUGGGCCAAGAGCUUUAGAUGGAAGGGUAAUUGAGAUCAAUGCUUGUGUCCCAGGUGAAGGUGUGCCAGAGUGGAACCUGCUUGCUAGCAGGCAAUCAGGGAGCUUUGUGUAUAACUGUGCAGUGAUGGGAUGCUGAGGCAUUUGCUUUUGGUGAAUAGUGCUAUAUGGAUUUAUUCUGAAUGGAAUUAACAUUCUUCACUUUCAAGGAGAGAUGAUUCUGGCUCUUGGGUAAUCAGCCCACCUUUGGGGGUAAAUAUUUACUCCUAUUUAGAGUAACAGAUACAGUUUUAGAAGGUUCACAAAACUGAGUCUUUUCAUUUUAAGUUAUCAUGAUGGUUUUUCAAAUGUUGGCACAGUGACAGGUGAAUAAUUAGCUCAUGUUGGGUUGCAAUCACCUUUUUCAUAAGUUCAAUUGAAGUGUUGCAGAAUUGUAACUGGUCUCAAUUUUUGUCUUCUUUGCUUUCUGUUGCGCCCCCUUUUUUAAAUAUGUAUUCUAAUCGUCUUCAGAUCUUCCCAAACCCUGUUGGUGUUGCCUUGCCUUUUCUUUUUCCUGUCUUUUAUGGCAGUGUUUAAUUGCAUCAUCCAAGCUGUAUCAUUCUGUUUGUUUCAAUUUGAGUUGAGACAAACAGAACUCAAUCAAGGUUGUGUGCUUCUGUUCUGGUAAAUAUAGGUGAAUCAA